CCACUGUCAGCAGCAGGUCGUCACCAUCAGGGCCAGCUCUGAUCCAGGAUUCAUUUUCUCCAGGUACUGAAGCUGAACAUCUUCUGGACCAUCCUGAAACACACCUCUCUUCUUCAGCUCCUUCCUCCAACAUGCUCACAGCUAGCAUGUUGCCUCUCAGGGUGGUGGGUCUCCUCAUGCUCCUGUCUUCCCUGUGUGAUGCAGACAGCAGCUGCCCAACUGAGCUCAUCCUGGAUCCCCCUGAGGUUCUGGCAGAAUAUGGAGGGUCAGUGAUGGUCAACUGUACCAGUGAAGAAGACAUUCAUGAAGGGAUGUACUGGAAGGUUGGAGACACAGACUCUCCAGUAGAAUAUGUCAACAGUGUGUCCCAGUCAGUGCCACUGUUAGACUGGAAUGUAACGGCAGAGUGCAAAAUAAAGCUGAAUAAUACAAACGAAUGCAGCAAAGAACUUGAAAUCACUUUAUUCAAGAAUCCAGAGACAGUCAACAUGUUUCCUACAAAGCACGCAGCUGCGGUGGAAGGGAAACGGUACGAGCUGCAGUGUGACAUCGACCAAGUUGCUCCCGUUCAACAUCUGAUCGUGAGGUGGUACAGAGACAACGACAACAUCAAGACCGACUCUUACACACAACCAAACGCAACCAGAAGAAUAGAAAGUGUGUCCUUCACUCUGGCGGCCAACUUCAGCCGAGGGGAAAACGGAGCUCGGUUUAGAUGUGAGGCUCAGCUGGACUUUGGGCCACGUGGAUCAGAACCGCCUGUUGUCUCAAACGUACACACCGUUUAUGUGCACUAUGCGCCUGAGCUCAAGAACAACACAGAAGAUGUCUCUGUGAAUAAGGGUGAUGACGUCACUCUGGACUGUGGAGCUGAGGGGUAUCCUGCUCCUGCCUUUCAUUGGUUACGUGAUGGGGUGCAUUUACUGGAGACCACCAAUGAUCUUAACAUAACUCUGGCAACCAGCGCAAUUUACAGCUGCAUAGCUACCAAUUAUCUGGGAAACGUGACGAAGAAAAUCCACGUACAUUUGAAAAAAACAAACAUAAUGGAAGCCCCUGCAGCCAUAACCACCCCUGGGCCAUCAACACCAAGAAGUUGCACCCUGGUAUUGACGCCUGCUAAAAUCGCGGUGAGAUUUGGAGAUCCAGCCUCAGUUAACUGCAGCACAUCAGACACACGGUUUUCAAAAAUUGGCUGGGAGGCUAUAUCUGGGGGCGUGACGUCUACAGAUACUGUGGUCACUUGGACAGUUGAACAAGUGAAGGACUGGGACACACAACCUUUGUGCUACAUCGAUGUGAACGAUGACCCCUGUUCCAUCACGCUGGACAUCACUCUUUAUCAGACUCCGGACAGCGUGUCCGUUUCUGCGUUGGAUCAAGGGCCGAUGGUGGAGGGCACAGAGUACCGGCUGAAAUGUGACAUCACCAAUGUGGCUCCUGUGCAGAAGCUCAAACUGAUGUGGUACCGCGGUGGGGAAACUGUCCACACACAGAUGUUUAAUGACACCAGAAGGAGCCCAGGAAAUGUGUCCUCUACCUUGAGAGUCACACCUGCGAGAGAUUACAAUGGAGUCCUCUUCUCAUGCGGGGCUGAGCUGCACCUCGGACUAAAUGGAUCAGAGCUCGUCCCUAUUGUGACCUCAUCUUCUUACAUGGCUGUUGUGCACUAUAAACCCCUGGUCAAAACCUGCCCAGGCAGUUACACUGGAGUGGAGCACGAGUUCAGCAUUGACAGCUUGUCCUGUGAAGCUGAUGGGAACCCUCCACCCACAAUGCAGUGGUACCACGAGGAAGAACUGAUCAAUGCAUCGAAGCCCCUCACCAGGACUCAAGCAGGAGAGUACACAGCUGAACUUAGAAAUAGCCUUGGCUCGAGCAACUUCUCUGUCCUUAUCUCAAUCGAAUAUGGCCCUUCAUUUACCUGUGCUGCCCACCCUGAGGUCAAAGAGGACGAUACUUUCCAGUGUGAAGCAGAUGGAAUUCCUAAGCCUGUCGUCACCUGGUCCAAGAGAGGAGAAGAGGUGGCUGCCCCGCAGCGCUGGACAAAGAAUGAUGGUGGACCAUAUUCACUGAAAGCCACCAACAAACAUGGACAAGCCACUCACGAGUUACAUGUUGAUGUUUUGUAUGCCCCGGUGUUCAGUGGAAGUUACAGUCCGGAGGUGGAUGUGAUCUUGGGUAAGAACGUGACUUUUAACUGCAGUGCUGAUGGCCACCCUGCCCCGGAGAUCAAGUGGAGCUACAGUUCUGGAGUGAAUGUGACGGAGACCACUAAGGGGCGCCAGAAGAGUAUCAGUGUCACGCGAGCCACGUCGACCGACGCUGGCGAUUACAUCUGUGAUGCCACGAAUAAAGUUGGGGCUGUGAGAAGGACUGUCACACUGGUGGUGCAAGAUCAGCCUAAACAAAAGGCAUUGAUGGCCAUUUGGUGGCUGCUGAUUGUACUGGCCAUCCUCCUCAUCCUCAUCUUCAUCAUCUGUUGCUACCGCUGGAAGAAACAAGGACAAUAUACUUUUCUCACAGACAAAGCCAACAAGCAUGGGUCAGAUAUCCCUUUGACUCCUCAGGCUAACGGGGUGUGAGUUUAGGACAUAAUGUCGAUAUAACUUGCUGAAUCAAUCAGCCUGGAGAAUGAAAACUCGACCACAUCGUUGAUCUUCGUCCUGCACGACAAGAAUGACAUGUAAAUAUUGUACAUGUUAACUUUGGUAUGAUACAGUUUUAGGUUUACAUCAACAACAACUGAUGUAAAAACAACUAAUUAGGAGCAGCAGUUUUGCCAAGAUGUGCAACUGAUAAAGAAGAUUUUUAUUUGUAUACUAGUCUAACCUAGCUUUUAGUGUAUUUCUUAAUACAGUUACAGCGUAGCCUGUGUUAUUGUGUUGUAUGUGUAUAUGGAAACUGUACAAAUACUCAUGUUUGCAUUGUAGUCCUCUUGAAAUGUUGGUCACAUUUAAGUAACAUCAUUGUACAAAUAAUAAAGAGCACUUGACAGGG